CCGCUUCGUGCUGUCAGAACAUUCUCGCGAGAAACUGCAAGACUUCCGCAGAAAUGGCUACUUUGCGAAGUUUGUCUUUGACUUUUAGAAAACUUGUCACAGUUGGAUUACAAACUGGUGCAGCUCCCCGUCGGUUGUUAGGGAUCAGUGCAUUUGGCACAGUUGUAUAUUUUGGUGGGCUGGUGUAUUAUAAUGGCACUAAGUCAAAAGGGAGUGGCGUACAGCCAGCCAGGUGUAUCACUGUUUAUGCAGCCGAAGAGCAGAUGCUGGAUCAAAGCCAAGGAAUGAAUAAGGGGAUAUCCAGUGAUGAUAGUGUGUCUGUUCGUAAGCAACGAUUCCAAGAGUUUGCCUCACUGGAGUAUGAAGGUGAAUCGUUUAUGACUCCAAGGGACUUUUUACAUUCGAUUAUGCUAGAAGAUACAAAGCGAGAUAUAAAGAAAGUAAAGACUUUAACAAAAAAGGAGGUUAAUGCAAUACUGGCCAAAUCUUCUAAGGUAAAACCAGGCACCACUUUGUUCAGAAACCUUGGUGAUGAUGGGUUGAUAUCUUACACUGAAUAUUUAUUUCUCUUGACAAUUCUGAUAAAGCCACUUACUGGAUUUCAUAUUGCUUUCAAAAUGCUUGAUGUUGAUGGCAAUGAGCAGGUUGACAGAAAAGAAUUCUUAAAGUUAAAGAACAUCAUUGGAAAGAAGGACAAACUGGGGUUGCUUAAUGAUGAAGCAGCAUUAGUGGAAUCCUCUGAUGAAAAUACCGAAAGUAGUACUACACUAAUGAUGUAUUUCUUUGGAAAAGGAGGAAAAGAAAAGCUCCAGUACCAAGAAUUUUAUAAAUUUAUGGUAGAUCUUCAAACUGAAGUUCAAGAAGUAGAAUUUCUACAGUUUUCCAAAGGGAUGAAAACAAUGCGUAGAGAGGAUUUUGCAGAAUGGCUGCUGUUUUUCUCAGAUGAAGAAAACAAUGAACUCUAUUGGCAAAAUGUAAACAAGAGAAUUCCACCAGGAGAGGUUAUCACCCUUGAAGAAUUCAAGUCAUUUUGUCAAUUCACAAACAACCUGGAGGACUUCAUUAUUUCCAUGAAAAUGUUUAACGAAGCCAACCGCCCUGUUGGACUGGCUGAAUUUGAAAGAGCAGUUAAGGUUGCCACAGGCGAGCAAUUGUCAAUGACUGUUUUGGAUACAGUCUUCAAGAUUUUUGACUUGGAUGGAGAUAACUGUCUAAGCCACCAGGAGUUUCUUGUAGUGCUGAAGAACAGAAUGCAUCGUGGCCUAAGGGUAGCCAGUCAGCAAGGAAUGCAAGGUUACUGGAAGUGUGUGAAGAAAGAAACACUGAAAGGGGCACAGGAAGCAUGGAAACAGGCUGGAAAAAGUCCUUUUUAAACCUUUCUCCAGCAAACUAAAUAUUUUCCUAAAAAAGAAAUCUUUGUACUUGUUUGUUUUGUUUGAUAAGCACUAAUGACUGUUGAGAUAGUAUUAAUUAUGUUUUUACUCUUUAUUAGCACAUGUGGGUGUGCCAAAAUACUGGAAAUGGAGUUUAAUUUUUAACCUUUUAAAUAUAUAUCAAGAUAUUUUGAAUUCUUACAAAACAAAAUCAUUAGUCUGUUUUUGGGUGCUGAAAGAUUACUUGUCCUAUUCCCUAUUUAUGGUACCUAAUUCCUAAGCUUUUGUGCAAUAUGGCAUGUUUACAUUUUUUUUACUUGUGUAUAGCAUGAAAAUGAAAAUAUUCAUUUUUUAAAUAAUGCAUUCAGCGAUAACGGGUUUUCACAUAGUAUGUUUAUUAGGUAAUUAACGUGUAUUUUUAUUGCUGUGUUGUUAUACUUGGGGAUUUAACCUAAAAGUACAUUAUAAAGUAUAAUACACUGUUUUCAUUUUAGGACAGUUUUUCAUGUACUGCAUUCAGUACUGUUGGCACUGAUUGCAGUCGCCUCUUUUCAGGUAAAUUAUGUGUACUCAUAACAGAAUAUCUGUUUUCUGAGCACAGCAAUAAAACAUUAACCUGUGAUGACUACUGAUAGCAUAUUCUGAUACUUUUAAACCAUUCUUUGUGUAAACUGGAAACAGUAUUGGGAAAAAGCUGAGAAAUAAUAAUAUGUAUUAAUAAAAAUGUUAAUUUCUUGAACAUAUAUAUAAAGUAAUUCAGUAUGAAGAUGCUUAAUUUCUGUUUCAUCAUUAAAACAGUUUGAGAUUCUCA